AUGGUAACAGCUAGGCAAAAGGCUGAGGCGUGGUUCAACAGACAGGCACAGGUCAAAAGGGAGGAGGCAAUCAGAGGCAAAGACAAACUCAACAUCGUGAACAAAGCAAGGUCAAAAAUCUGGCAGGCAAAAAAACAGGGCAAAGGAGAGCUUGGAACAAAGGCUAAGAGCCAGGGUGUCAUCCUCAACAGUACCCUGUCUAUCCAAUGCCACAUCAAUAACAUCACCCAGUCUGCAUGCUUCCACCUACAUAACACUAACUGCCUCCACCCCUCCCUCAGCCCUCAUACCACUAGUAUCCUUGUUCAGUCUUCUACUUCUCCUCUGGAUUGCUGCAGUUCUCUCUUCUUUGGUCUCUGUUACAAAUACCUCCAUAAGUUUCAGUUGCUUCAGAAUUCAGCUGCCUGUAUCAUCACAACAACCACCUCCAUCCACCACAUAACCUUUGUCCUGCAGCAACUCCACUGGCUACCGGUUAAAUUCCGUAUUGAAUUCAAAAUCCACUUGUUAACAUUCAAGGCCAUCUACAACCUCGCACCGCCAUAUCUGAUUGACCUCCUCUGUGUUGUCACUCCCUCUCACACCCUCAGGUCCUCCUCCUCCAUCCACUUGACUGUCCCUCUCACCACUAUGGGAAGGGAAGCUUUUUUGCACACGUCUGGAGAAAUGGCUGCGGAUACCGUUGAAGACUCAGCGGGCAUCAUCGACGCCGCGUCCUUAAACUGUGUUUUCAACACGACUAACGGCUCGCACCUGCAGGCAGAGUUGGAUAAAAGUGAUCCCGGAGGAGACGGAGCGACCGCGCUCAGGAUUACCAUCUCUGUGGUCUACUCUCUGGUGUGCGCGCUCGGGCUGGUGGGAAAUUUACUGGUUCUCUACCUGAUGAAGUGCAAACAGACGUGGAAAAAGUCAUCCAUCAACCUUUUUGUAACUAGUUUGGCAGUGACGGACUUCCAGUUCGUACUGACGCUGCCGUUCUGGGCUGUGGAGAACGCGCUGGAUUUCACCUGGCUCUUCGGUAAAGCCAUGUGCAAGAUCGUUUCGUACGUAACGGCCAUGAACAUGUACGCCAGCGUGUUUUUCCUCACCGCCAUGAGCGUGACGAGGUACUGCUCUUUGGCCUCUGCGCUCAAGGGCAGGAGGCGGCGGCCGCACUGCUGCGCCGCGCGGUGCGUAACCGCCUUCAUCUGGUGCGCCGCGGUGUCUGCCGCUCUGCCGCAUGCGGUGUUCUCCACCACCGUUACCGUGUCCAACGAGGAUCUGUGCCUCGUCAAAUUCCCGGACGCCAACGGCGACGCGCAGUUCUGGCUGGGACUCUACCACUGUCAGAAAGUGCUCGUGGGUUUUGUGGUACCCCUGUGCGUCAUCUCAGUCUGUUACCUGCUGCUUUUGCGCUCCAUCGCCUCCAAAACCAACAGGUCGAGCGCCAAAAGGCGCGCCAAGGUCACCAAGUGUGUCACCAUCGUGGUGCUGUCCUUUUUCCUGUGCUGGCUGCCCAACCAGGCGCUGACUGCGUGGGGCAUCCUCAUCAAACUCAAUGUAGUCCACUUCACCUAUGAGUACUACACCACGCAGGCGUACGUUUUCCCCGUGUCCGUGUGCCUGGCGCACUCCAACAGCUGCCUAAACCCGCUCCUGUACUGCCUGAUGAGACGGGAAUUCAGGAAGGCGCUGAAAAAACUCUUCUGGAGGAUGUCUUCUCCGACCACCUUGAGGCCGCUCACAUCCACCUCGAAGCCGGAGGUGAAAGAGCAGAGGCGCGUCGUGAUCCCGCUGUGCGCCCCCGAGGAGGCAGCGGUGGUGUUUUAUCCGCCGGGUGCAGCCAUUUACAACGACAGGCUGGAGCUGCCCACCAACAGCACUUAG